AUGCCACCAUCGGCAAAGAGAGCCUCUAGGGCUCGUCGCGAACCGCGUAAAGCCGCGACUGCGACCACAGUUACUUCGCCAGUCGAUGUCGAAAUCGAAGAGUCCUCGCCCAGUCGUCCAGCAAAACGUCGCAAGAAGAUCCUAGAAGACGAAGAACCCCCCGCGCCCAACGAUGAUCAACUGGUAUCGCAAAUCACGCAGCACCUUCGUAGCCAAGAUGUGCAAGCCAGCAAAGAUCAUGCAAAUGUCAUUCACGAGGCCAAAGGCGACGGCGUCAAGGCCUAUGCCAAAGUUGCUGCACAAGAUUGGACAUUCUACAUCACCAAACUCAACGUCAAUAUAGGCCGAGCUCCCGAAACUUCGCACAACUCGCAGCCUGUUGGUUCAGAAGAGGACGAUUCACAUAUUCACAUCGAUCUGGGCCCCAGCAAGAUGGUAUCGCGCGAGCAUGCCACCAUCUCUUUCGAUUCCAAGGACGAGAAGUGGUUUCUUCGUGUCAAAGGUCGUAAUGGUGCCAAGGUGGAUAGCCAGCCCGUCAAGGCCGGCCAGUCGCACCCUCUCACAAGCGGCGAGGUUAUUGAGAUUGGAAAUGUCGAGAUGAUGUUCGUCCUACCUUCUGAAAUUACUCCUUUAACUGUUCACCCGGUCUAUCUACAACGCGCUGGCGUUAGCGUCCAUACCCCACAGUCCCGGGCAUCGCGCCGGCAGCCUCUCAUUGCGCCGGCACCUCCUGAAUAUAAGCGACCUGGAACACCCCCAUCAACUCAGAGUGCCAUCAAGUCACCAGCUACAAGUACACCGGCUGUCAUGGUUGGCGCCAAUGGUGUUGACCUGAGCCAGGAUGAGAACCAGCACAUUAAACCACAAUACAGCUAUGCUCAAAUGAUAACGCAGGCUAUUUUGAACGCGCCCGAUGGAAAGCUCAACUUGAACGGCAUCUACAACUACAUCAUGAACACGUAUGCGUACUAUCGUCAUCAACAAGCUGCUGGGUGGCAGAACUCGAUUAGGCACAAUCUCUCACUCAACAAGUCAUUUGACAAAGUUGCUAGGUCGACAGAUGAACCCGGAAAGGGUAUGAAGUGGCAGAUUGUACCUGAAGCCAGGGAGGAGAUGGUACGGAAUGCCUAUCGUGUUGGUCGCGGCGGUCACCGUGGAUCAUCCGCCCCCUCAUCUCCAAAUCAACUUGCCUACAUCACGCAUGGCCCAAGGGACAUGGCGUCGAGAGAACCCCCCGUCGGCUCGUAA